AUUCCCUCAACAGCUGUCGUCAACGACCUACGACUGAUUCGACGGAAAAACAAAAUCGAACUCAACAAGUGAAUGUUUCACUGUGUGAGAGAGAAACAGAAGAUUGGCAUAAGUGUUUUGGUCAAAACUUCCGUCUUUGAUUGAUCAAUUCAAUCAUAUAUCUCUUUAGAUUAUGAAGUUUUCGUCAAAAAUUGAUUUUGUUUUGUAGCUCUAAUUUCUAAAUAAUACCUAUCCAUUCAACAACUACGAUUUAAAGGUCCAGAUCCUACACCUAAACCCUUCUCUAGUCACUCCCAUUGCUCAUCUAUCGUCAUCUUUCCCUCUCUCUUCUCGUUCCGAUAUGAGCUUCCCGGAGUUCAGGUUGCUGGCGAUGGUGGCCGUCGUCUUCGCCGGAGCCAUGGAAAUUUCUCACGCAUAUGAGCGGCCUCCGCCGCGGGAGGAUCUCUUUGUAUCACUAGCCGAAGAUGCUGAUUCGACCACUCCACAACAAAUUCAUGUGUCGUUGGUUGGUGAAGACAGGAUGAGAAUUUCAUGGAUUACCGACGAACAUACUCCAGCCAUGGUAAACUACGGUACAUCUCCGGGGAAAUACAAAAGUUCGGCCAAAGGGACCAUUUCGUCUUACAAGUAUAUAAAUUACACCUCCGGUGAAAUACACGACGUCGUAAUAGGUCCAUUGGAUCCAAACACCAUGUAUUAUUACUCUUUUGCCCCUGUUUCAACCCCUGAAUACUCUUUCAAGACUCCUCCGGCUCAAUUUCCGAUCAAAUUUGCUAUUUCAGGUGAUCUUGGACAAACCGAAUGGACGAAAACGACGCUUGAACACAUCUCACAAGCAAACUACGACGUGUUUCUGCUACCCGGAGAUUUAUGUUACGCCGAGAUGGUGCAACCCAUCUGGGACUCAUUCGGCCGGCUGGUGGAGCCGCUAGCGAGCAAACGGCCAUGGAUGGUGACACAAGGCAACCACGAGAUGGAGAUAAUUCCGGCCACUCACCCAACUCCGUUCACUUCCUACAACGCCAGGUGGCAUAUGCCGUUUGAGGAGAGCGGGUCCACGUCGAAUUUGUAUUACUCGUUUGAGGUCUCCGGUGUCCACGUCAUCAUGUUUGGGUUCCUACACCGAUUUUGGACCUGGGUCGAACCAAUAUCGAUGUCGGUCGAUAUGAAGGAAUCUAUGGAGGGAUUGCUUUAUGAAGCUCGUGUUGAUGUCGUUUUUGCAGGACACGUCCAUGCUUAUGAGCGCUUUAUUCGGGUUUACAAUCAAAAUAGUGAUGAUUGUGCCCCGGUUCAUAUCACAAUCGGGGAUGGAGGCAACCGUGGACGCUCUGCUGGGAAGUACAAAGAACCACAACCAACGAUAUCGGUAUUUAGGGAAGUCAGUUUUGGGCAUGGGCGACUUGAGAUAGUGAAUUCAAGUUAUGCCAAGUGGUCGUGGCAUAGAAAUGACGACGAUAUAUCAGUUCAAUCCGAUUCAAUCUGGCUAAAAAACCUUGCUUCUGAUCAAGCUUGUAAUAAGUUGGAAAUAUAAUAUCUUUAUGUUUUCAUACCCAAAUUGGAUACUAAAUAAAAUAAACUAU